AUGUACUGUGUGGAUCGAGAAUUAUCGGCAUAUCCGAGGUAUCGGGUAGUGGGAGAUGCUAGCAAAGGUGAGCAUCACUUACAGAUCAGUGAUGUUCGAUUGGAGGAUGAUGCUGUUUUCGAAUGCCAAGUCUCUCCAGAGCCUGGGUCUACCAGAGUUCUUCGAAGCAACGCUACCCUUAUUGUCCUUCUGCCGCCGACGUCGAUUGAGAUGGAGUGGAGCGGUGAGGGAGAGGGUGUAGUGGAAGUGGAGGAGAAGAAAGUGGUGCAAGUGAUUUGCAAAGCCAGGGAUGCCAAACCCCCUGCAGAGAUUCAGUGGUUCAAAAACGGACGACGGCUCAGCCCCACCCCUGGUAAGUUCUUCUUCAAGUUAUCCUCUAUAAAUCCUUCUGGAUAA